AUGUUUCACCACUCAUUGUUAUUAUUAACAAUAUUUUAUACUGUAACGGAAUCCGGUAGAAUUCCGGAAAUGAUGCAGACCAUAGCAAUCCGAGGACAAUUGAAAUGUGAUGAAAAAGAUGUGGUCAAUACAGUAGUCAUUUUAGGCAUAAAUAUCAGAUUCGCGGAUGAGCAAACUUUGGCAAUUACUAGAACAAAUACAACAGGAUGGUUUGAGCUUAAAGCAACUAUUAUAUCAACUGAUAUUGUUAGACCAUUUUUUCAUGUCAAAGUUGACCAAUCAAGCGGAAUUAAGUGUAGCCAACGUUACAAGAAAUCGAUACCAUUUGAAUUUAUAACAAAGUACGGUCAACCGGAACGAUGGUAUGAUGUUGGUAUUGUUGAUUUACAGGACAUUUGCGUGAAACUGCCAAAUGAAACAAGUUGCCGGAACAACAAUAAUUCCUAA